AGAAACGUCAUCGUUGCGUGGCGUUUCCACUGUCACUUUUGCUUCGGAGGGUGAUUUCUUGUGAUAUUUUAUUGUGGAAUUAGUGUUUCAAGUAUUUUAUUAAAGAAUUAACUUUCAAUAUGUCAACUUCUGGUGAUUUUGGUAAUCCCCUUCGAAAGUUUAAGUUAGUUUUUUUAGGAGAACAAAGUGUGGGUAAAACAUCUCUAAUAACAAGAUUUAUGUAUGACAGUUUUGAUAAUACGUAUCAGGCUACUAUAGGAAUUGAUUUUUUAUCGAAAACAAUGUAUUUAGAGGAUAGAACGGUACGUCUUCAACUAUGGGAUACGGCCGGUCAGGAAAGGUUUCGAUCUUUAAUACCGUCGUAUAUUCGUGACUCAACGGUUGCGGUAGUCGUCUACGAUAUUACUAAUGCGAACUCCUUUCACCAAACAUCGAAGUGGAUAGACGACGUUCGAACCGAAAGAGGUAGCGAUGUUAUAAUUAUGCUCGUCGGUAAUAAAACAGAUUUAUCGGAGAAGCGACAAGUUAGUACGGAGGAAGGUGAAAGGAAGGCCAAAGAACUUAAUGUGAUGUUUAUUGAAACUAGUGCGAAAGCUGGAUAUAACGUAAAACAGCUGUUUAGACGUGUCGCUGCUGCCUUGCCCGGUAUGGACUCUACGGAAAAUAAACCACCAGAAGACAUGCAAGAAGUUGUCUUAAAAGAUACACCAAAUGAAGUUAAAGAUCCAGAUGGAGGCUGUGCAUGCUAACUCACAAAUAGUGAAAGUUGGAUGAUUUAGCUGCAGUUUUGUAUAAGAAAGCUUUUUUAUUUUUAUAACAUUUCUUUCUAUUGUAAAUAUAAAUAAUGAUUUAAUUUUUUAUACCAUCCCUUUGAAUGUAUUGAAUUAAUAUAUAAUAAUUUAAAUCAUAGUGCUAGCUAAUUUCGAUGAUUACUGUUGAUUUGCUUCAAUUUUUAUACUUGCUUGUGUAGAAUUUCUUCAAUCUGUGAAUGGCAGCGCUAAUCGCAUUUCAUUGUAAUGAUACUCAUCACCGUGUUUGGGAGAAAUCUUACACUUAAUUUACGUAUGUGUAACAUAUCAGAAACGCCAUAUAAGUCAAUUGUUUUCUGUAUGCUCAUUGAAUGUAUAUGUCGAUUUGUUGCAUGUUAAAACUCACAAUAGCUUUAUUAGUCUAUGAUAGGGAAAUUUUGCUUCCAUUUUCAACGACUGAAUGUGUGAUUAAGUUCUUGCAAAUAGUCGUUCAAAUAUUCUUUCUCCCUCGGUUCGGUUGAUUAUACUGUUUAGUAUCAGCAGCACGAAGGAUUGUUGAUUUAAUUGCACUUGAUACCACAAUGGAGCAAUAGUCGAGAAUUAUUGUGAUAGAAAUGGUUUUGCUAGUUAGUUGUGAUUAUCGAUAUAUAGGUUGUCUAAGAUUUAAUUCUUGGUUGAACCGGUAACGAGAUGGUACUGUUAAUUGUAUAUAGUAGAUCUUAUUGAAAUCAAAUCAACAUCUUACUUUUACGUUAAGUAUUAAUUUAAAAUACGACCAUACUAAUUUCGAUUUAGUUCAGUAUGGGUGAAGGGAAAAAUUUCUGGUUUACGCUGAAGUCAGACGUGCAAUAUUUUGUGACUUUUUCGACGUUAAUUUUAUUUAUUUCUAGCAUUCGGAAUAAUUAGCUUUAAAAAGUAUGGGAACAACUUUGUUAAUAUUAAUUAAUAUUUUAAUACGAUACUGCAGUGUAUUGUACAUAAUAAUGAAUAUUGUAUAAUUGAACUAAUUAUAAUAUUUAUAAUUUCUAUUUAUUAAUUUUUUGUACGAUUUAAAUUGUGUGUACGUGUGUGAACGUGAGGAGGGUUGUAAUUUAUUAUUGAGGCUCAACGACGUGUUGGCAAUGUUAAAUUUUACUCAUGCAAUAAAUUUGCCUUAAUUUUUUUAACACUGGAGCAAAAGGAAUUUGCGGUAUCUAUUUUUGAGAUUAAACUUUUGGUGUAAAUGAA